GGAAACACGGUUGUUUAGGGAUCCACUCAGACAAAUUAACUUAAACUGAAACACGCAUCAUGUCUGCUGGGCUAUUGGCAGCAAUUUUGGCUGUCAACAGUUGUCUCUGCUUUGGAAAAGUUGAACUACCUAAGAACAGUGCUUUGGCAGAUACGAGAAUCUGUAGCAAGAGCCAUAUGACCAAAGAAUUGCCCGCCAGAUCUGUGUUGAAAUCUUCAGCUGGUAAAGAUGUUCUGUGUGACACUGUCUCUGAUGGCGGUGGAUGGAUUGUCCUGAUGCGUCGAGUUCGGGGUGAUGUGAACUUCUCAAGAUCUUGGGCGGACUACUCGGAGGGAUUUGGUUCAUUUGAUGGCGAUUUUUGGCUGGGGCUAAAUGACUCUUCGCUCUUAAUCUACGAAGGUGAAUGGCAGCUAAGGGUAGAUAUGAAGUUCGAAGGCAGAGAUUACUUCGCCCAGUACCGACAGUUCGAACUGUCGUGGCGGAUACAGCAGCACACAAUUCAUAUGGGAACGUUCUCAGGAAACGUCACGGAUGAUUUUUCUUAUCACAACCACCAAAUGUUCUACACCUCAGAUAGCCCUACCAGCAACAGUUGCACAAAAACCUACAGUGGUGGAUGGUGGUUCAAUAACUGUCAUCGCGUCUAUCUGACAGGAGAGUGGAAAUCAAGAGAACAAUCCAAGGGGGUCCACUGGGAGUCCUUGACUACGAACAAAAAAAGUCUCGAUUCGGUGGAGAUGAAAAUGCGAGAGAUUCAAUAAAUUUAUCUUUUCAUCGUUUUACACUAGUGUCAAAUCGAACUCCAACAUGGAACUGACAGCAAAUUAAAAUGUGAUCCUGAUGAAUUGAAUAAUGUAUCUCAUUAAAACUGUCAUUAAAGAUACAAUGGU